UGUGGCCACGUACUUGCAACAGUCCUUUUCUGUAUCUUCAAAUGUGUCCGGUCAGACACACAAACAGGUUCGACUAAUAGUUAUCAUGUCAGGGAGUCAGAGACCACAAUUUGUGUGUGGACUACGAAACAUAAUAAUAGGAUGUACCUUGGUCAUUUUCUCCUUCACAUUUGUUGCUCAAGGAAUACUUGGUUCAGGACUCUAUAACUGUCCCAGACAGACUUUUAUCCCUUUCUACAUGUCCCUGUAUGGGAUCAUACCAGUGUUCCUGGCACUGAGCUUAUGGUACAACUGGUGCAACACUUUCUGUUGGUCCAUGACCAUCAUCUUCCUGUGUGGCUGGUUACUUGCAGGUAAUAUAGUCAUCUACUCCAUUUAUGAACCCAACUACAACAAGAAUAUGACACAGCCUGAUGUCUACUGCAACAAGACGCUCUACCUGUUCGCGUUUUGUUUCACCGUUGUGACCUACAUCCUGUUAGCACUGCUCUUUUUAUCUUGUUGCUGUUGUAGACAACGACAGCCCGAUGGUGACAAUGACACUCAAAGACUUGUGCUGUGGUUAAAUAGAGAUAAUUAAAACAAGACAACAAUUAUGGCAGAUGGUGCAUUUAAAGACAGUUUUCCUGUGUGUCAGGAUGUGUCAGGGUAUAUACCAUGUGCAUUCCACAACACUCUUUUAAUAUGUAAAAAUAUCCUUUGAUAAAGCAAGUUUUAGAGUUGAGCACAACUUUAUGUGACAGGAAGAUGUGUCUGUGGCUGGACACAAACCACUUACUGUCCUGUUGCAGAAAGAGCAGCAUUGUGUUUGCAAAUAAGUCAUGAAACAGUUUCUCCUCGUGUUCUUUAUCAUUAACAUAUCAUGCUGUGCAGGAGUCUUGAGCCACCCCUUUUUGUUUGCAUUAAUAUGUUUAUUAAGACAUGCAAACAUACAUAGAAAUACAGCAUAUGAGGUAAAAACAGAAUCUGUAUAAAGUCAAUAUUUGGUGUGAUCAUCUUUAUUCUUCAAUACAGUCUGCAAUCUCUCAGUCAAGCUUUCUUAUUAUUUCUUCAAGUAGUUUUCAGGAAUAGUUCUCCAGGCUUCUUGGAUUCCAAGCUCUUCUUUGGAUGUUGGUUGGAUGAUUUAUAGGUCACUGUUGUUGUCAUACUAUCAUGAUCACCAUCGUCAAGCAUGGUUUUCUGUCAGAUACAGGGACUGCACUGAAAAUGAGUGAAAAAGCAGCCAAUGAAAGACCUUCAGAA